GUCGGUCAGGACAGUCGUGCUGCGAGGGUGGCUCCAAACUCGCCAUUUUGGGUGCGACAGCUCCUUGCCGGCUUUCUUUUGCAGUGCCUCGUGUUAGACCGGCGUGCCUGUUCGGCGGCUUCCGUGUUGGCCUUGACUCUUGGCCUCUAAGAGCACCGGAGCUGCUCUUCCUUCUUUGGCAGGUAUGUCUUCUCCAGACGACCCCCUUCUCAAUGGGGAAUGUACCCUACUCCCAUCAGCCAGUUUUCGGGAAUCGGUGACCUUCAAGGAUGUGGUAGUGGACUUUACCCAAGAAGAAUGGAAACAGCUGGACCCUAUACAGAGAGAUUUGUUCAGGGAUGUGACGCUGGAAAAUUAUACACAUCUGGUCUCCAUAGGACUCCAAGUUUCCAAACCUGAUGUGAUUUCCCAGCUAGAGCAAGGGACAGAGCCAUGGACUGUGGAACCAUUGUGUCCCCUUGGAGAAGGGGAGACAAGACCUGAAGAUAGUGUUCCCCGCCCAGAACUGGGCAUCUCUGAAGAAGAGCUGUCUUCAGAGGUGAUAGUGGGAACAUACAGAAGGGAAGAUAUUUGGAAUUCCCAUGUCUUGGAGUCUCGGGAAUCUGAAUGCAAUAUAGAGAGGCAGCAAGCAAACCAACAAACACCACCAAGUGAAGUAGAAGUGGUCAAAAAAAUAGUACCCACCCGGGAGGGAGGCCCUGCCACGAACGAACUUGAAAAAAGCAUCAUUGUGAGUUCAAGCCUUUUAGCCCAACAGGAAAUAUCUCCAGGACAGGCUUCUGCUAAAGUAAGCAUCAAACAGAAUUCACACACAGUGAAAAAAGAGAAGUCCUGUAAGUGCAGUGAAUGUGGUAAAGCUUUUAGCUACUGUUCUGCUCUUAUCCGCCAUCAGCGCACACAUACUGGAGAAAAGCCUUACAAAUGUAAUGAAUGUGAAAAGGCCUUCAGCCGGAGUGAAAACCUUAUAAACCACCAGAGAAUUCACACUGGAGAUAAGCCAUACAAGUGCGAUCAGUGUGGAAAAGGCUUCGUUGAGGGCCCCUCUCUUACUCAGCAUCAGAGAAUACACACCGGGGAAAAGCCCUAUAAGUGUGACGAGUGUGGGAAGGCCUUCAGUCAGAGGACGCAUCUUGUUCAGCAUCAGAGGAUCCACACGGGUGAGAAGCCUUACACCUGUAAUGAUUGUGGAAAGGCUUUUAGCCAGAGAGGUCAUUUCAUGGAACAUCAGAAAAUUCACACAGGAGAGAAGCCUUUCAAAUGUGAGGAGUGUGAUAAGACUUUCACCAGGAGCACACACCUCACUCAACAUCAGAAAAUUCACACGGGAGAGAAAACCUACAAGUGUAAUGAAUGUGGCAAGGCCUUCAACGGGCCCUCGACCUUCAUCCGUCACCACAUGAUUCACACGGGCGAGAAGCCAUAUGAGUGCAACGAGUGUGGCAAGGCCUUCAGCCAGCACUCGAACCUCACCCAGCACCAGAAGACACACACCGGCGAGAAGCCCUACGACUGCGCCGAGUGCGGGAAGGCCUUCAGCUACUGGUCAUCCCUGGCGCAGCAUCUCAAGAUCCACACUGGGGAGAAGCCCUACAAGUGCAGUGAGUGCGGAAAGGCCUUCAGUUACUGCUCGUCCCUUACGCAGCACCGCAGAAUCCACACCAGAGAAAAGCCCUUUGAGUGUAGCGAGUGUGGAAAGGCUUUCAGUUACCUCUCCAACCUCAAUCAGCAUCAGAAAACUCACACCCAGGAGAAAGCCUAUGAGUGUAAGGAAUGUGGGAAAGCCUUCAUUCGGAGCUCAUCUCUUGCCAAGCACGAAAGGAUUCACACCGGGGAGAAACCCUAUCAGUGUCACGAAUGUGGGAAAACCUUCAGCUACGGCUCAUCCCUCAUCCAGCACAGGAAGAUCCACACUGGAGAGAGACCGUACAAGUGUAACGAAUGUGGGAGAGCCUUCAACCAGAACAUACACCUCACACAGCAUAAGAGGAUCCACACAGGAGUGAAGCCUUACGCGUGUCCCGCGUGUGGGAAGGCCUUUCGGCAUUGCUCCUCUCUCGCACAGCACCAGAAAACUCACACGGAAGAAAAGCCCUACCAGUGCAAUAAGUGUGAGAAGACGUUCAGCCAGAGCUCCCACCUGACUCAGCACCAGCGCAUUCACACUGGAGAGAAGCCCUAUAAGUGCAGUGCAUGUGACAAAGCCUUCAGCCGCAGCACUCACCUGACAGAACACCAGAACACGCAUUCCGGAGAGAAGCCUUACAACUGCAGCGAGUGCAGGAAGACCUUCAGCCAGAGCACUUACCUGACUCAGCAUCAGAGAAUACAUUCAGGGGAGAAGCCUUUUGGCUGUAGCGACUGUGGGAAAGCCUUCAGGUAUCGUUCAGCUCUCACCAAGCACCAGAGACUGCACCCUGGCAUCUGACCGUCCUGGAAGCAUCGUGGGUGUAGGUGCUGCAUGUGCUUGGGUACUCUUGGAUCAAGAGAUUCUCAGCGCCAAGAAUGUGUGAUCACCUCCUAUCUCAGUCACACUCCUGCAGAAGUGACCUCUCGGGCCUCCCUCUGCUUGCGCGGGCUGUUUCCCGUGUUUUAGAAGGUGCUAACCACUCCCAGGUGAUGGAGGUUGAGAAGGGCAAGCAGCCAGGCCUCGGAAGUUAGCAUCCUCCUGUUUCUGGAUCUCCUUCUUAUGUAUUUGGCAUCUUUGCUUGCUGUCCCAGACCAUGUCCCUAAGCAGUAGACCUGCAGUUGCUGCUGAUCCAAGGAUCUGUCCUUUAUCACCCCAGAUGCACCUCGGCUCCCUACUUCUUUUUUUAUACCUUAACUUCAAUUUAAGAACAGAACAAGGAAGGACUACCAUUUCUGACUUUUCCCCCUCCUAAUUCUAUAAUUCUCUGUCCUCUGUAUCAUACACAUAUGACACUAAUAUUAGUUCCUUAAUUUUCAUCAACUGGGAGUGUAAGCAGAAUUAAAAUCUAGAGAAUCAUAGACGCAGCUCACCAUCUGUGUGACCACUGACCCUGGAUGGUGAGAGCUGUGACCUGGUCAGUCCCUCCUCGUUGGAGUGGACUGGUGGUGACCACAGGCAGGUGGGGCGUGCCUGGAGGAGGUGGGUCACUGGGGACCUGCCCGACGUUCUCCCUGUGGCCCCUUCCUCCCUUCCCUGCUCCCUGAGCUGAGCAGCUUCCCUCUGAUGGGCUCUUCCUCCAUGAUGUGCUGCCUCCCUCACCUUGUGCCCAGAGCCACGGAGUUGGCCAUCUCUGGACUGAGACCUUUGAGCCCCAAUAAAUUUUUCUUUCUCUUA